CUUCUCAGCUUUAGUCAUCACGUUCAGAAAAACUCUUCCACUGUUAAAGUUUCCACUACAUACCUUGAGCUUCUUCUUAGAAUUAAUUACAAAAAUGGGUGACUAUGAAUCCAGCACCAUGAGUGAGAAAGAGCUCAAACGCAGGAAGAGAAUCAGACUAGCAAUAUAUAUAUCUAUUUUUGUUGUUUUUCAGAUCAUUGUUAUCGCAAUUUUCAGUGUCACCGUGUUGAAAGCUAAGACUCCCAAGUUCAGGCUGAGCGAAAUCGAAAUCCAAUCCCUAAAUACAAACACCAGUUCAUUGGCUUUCACGACCAAAGUGAAGGUGAAGAACUCGAAUUUCGGUGCUUAUAAGUAUGACAACUCCACCAUCGCCUUCACUUACCAAGGUUCCUUCGUCGGUCAAGUCGUCAUUGAGAAAGGUAAGGCCGGUUGGUUGACGACGAAAAACAUUGAGGGCGUGCAGGUGAAUUUGAAUUCUCAGGCGUUACCGACUGCCGGGGAUUUCACACUCAACAGCAAUGGAAAAAUGACUGGGAAAGUGGACUUGAUAGGGAUGAUCAAGAAAAAGAAGUCAACUGAGAUGGAUUGCACUAUCGGUAUUAAUGUGGAAGCAAGGAUGGUCCGUUCUUUGGAAUGUAAAUGAAAUUCGACUUAUAGUUCGGUUUUUGUCAUAGCUUAAUUACUUUUAUGGUUUCUGUUAUUUUGCUUUGGAUUGUGAUAUUUAAAUUUUGUGUGGACUUUGUGUAUAUUGAAGAAGCCAGCUGUUCAAUUCUGUUUAAUUUCUCUAUUCAUUUUAUGUUCUGUAUACUUUGUUUAAUUUCACUAUUCAUUUUAUGUUCAGUGUACUUUGUUUUCUUAUCAAAUAAAUGUUGCAACAUUUUGUAACGUAUUUCGAUUUUAA